AAUUAAUUUUUCCCCUUAUCCAUGCGAUGCAAGAUAUGAUAUUUGCUAGGAUAUUACCUCGCGUUCAGUUCGUUGGACAAGAUAAUAAUGAGAUACAACAUGGGAUAAGCUAAAAUGAGGUUUAUCCAGGUUUAAGUUAGUCAUAGGAGUGGAAGCGAGAUGGAUAAUCAUGAGAUACAAUGUAAUGUUGACGUUGUGGAGAAAAAUGCAACCGAACAAGAGAAGCUUGUUCAAUUUGGCAGAAAUAUCUGAUCGAUCUUUGGUAUUGAGCGUAAGAGCUGAUGAUGGAAAGAAAGGAAGGCAAAAUAAAAAGAACCCUUAUUCGGGAAGGACACCUAAAACAGAUGGGGCAGAUGAUGGUGCUCAAUCUUCAUCUCUGCCGCCUAACAAGGAAGAAAUCCUAGCCCUCUUUAAGCGAAUACAAUCUUCGAUCUCUAAAGGGGAGACAGUAAAUCCCAAGAAGAGAACUCCCAAGCCAGCUGAAGAUAGGCUCUCUCCCUCGCCCUCAACCUCGGCUGAAUCAAUUCUGGAUGUUCUUCAUCAAUCAAGAACACAACGAUCACAACAAAAAGGGAAAUCUGUAGCCAAGAAAGGCGAUAAAUUUCUCGAUACUCAAAAGGAUUCGCUGAAGGAGAAGGAGAGUGCUGCAGCUGCAGCUGCAGAACAUAUAUCAACAAGGCUGCCAUCAAGUUUCACCAGGAGGUCUCCAAUACGCUCUCUGUCAAGCCCUAGAGAACAAGUUCAGUCACCUACUAUCGCAAUUCCAAGGGAUGAAACUGAGCUGACAAAUGAAACAUCACAAAUAGACGAUGACAGCGAGCAUCAAGCCAUAAAGUUGGCAGAAAUGAAACUUCCCGAGCUAAAAGAAAUUGCCAAAUCCAAAGGGAUCAAGGGCUAUUCCAAACUCAAGAAGAGCGAGCUUGUAGAGCUCCUAAGCAAGUCGCUGACCGACGCCUCUCCUUGAAUCUAAGUUGUUCAAUGACCGUUAAUGCUUUAACUUACCUUAAGUUUCCCCCUUUUUCAUUUCCAUAUUCAUUAAUUUGUAGAAGGGUGCUUUAGUUUGUCAAGAAUUCUUCAAUUGCUUCCAUUUUUAUCUAUUCCCAACACAUUUUGAUUAAUUGAUAUGGCCAUUGCUGA